AUGCCCCAGUCAGACUCAUUCAUAGCGUGGCGCGGAAGAAACUUAUGGGACAACCUAAUACCAUCAAUCGACUUCAAAACAUACAAAAGAUGCGAGGAAGAAGUUGGGAAUACAACAAAAAUUGUUGUUAAGAAGAGUUAUGAAGAAGCAACCGAAUUGGAGCGUGAAUUAACACUUGAGAAUCUUUCUACUCUUAGAGAACAAUUGCCUGAAGGUAUAAAUUCUUGUUUUAAUAAAGGAAUUAAUAUUACAACUUUUGAUACCGUAGUUCAAUUAAUGGCUUCACAUGAUAUGGGUUGGAGUACUCGUAGGACUGGUAGAAAUUAUGACAGCCUUAAUGGCUUUGGUGCAAUCGUAGGAAUUUAUAGUCAAGCUGUAUUAGAUUAUUCAACGUGUAAUAAAAAAUGUAAAAAAUAUGACGCAGGACAUACUCCUUUUGACCAUGACUGUAGAAUGAAUUUCUCUGGUUCAGCAAAAGCAAUGGAAGCUCAUGCUGCCAAUCAAUUAAUAAAUAAAAGCUCUAUUUUAAAUUCUAAAACUGUGGAAAUUGGUGUGACUAAACAUUUAUAUGCUAUUGAGAAAAAUCAUCAUGAAUUGAAGAAAGAUAGUAUCAAAUAUUUACAUAGAUGUUUUAGUUAUGCAAUGAUACAAAAUAAAGGAAAUAGUAAAAAUAUGGCAGCAACGAUUAGAUCUAUUCCUUACCACGCAUUUAACAAACAUGAAAAAUGUGGUCAAUGGUGUAGUUAUAUUCAAGAUAAAGAAAAUUAUGAUCAUAAAACUGUGCCUGGUGGAUUAACGGAUAUCAGAUUAUUUGAUGAAUUGAAGACCAUUUUUGAUAAUGUAGCUAAUAAUGCAGAAAAGUUUUCAGUUGGUGCCUCUAGCAAUGUUAAUGAAAGCUUGAAUGCAAGUAUGGCUAGCAAAACACCAAAAUCUAAAUGUUUAAGUUUAUCAGCAUCAUCUAAUUACCGGUAUGCUUCAAUUGUUUGUCAAAAAAAUUUAGGUAUUAAUUACACUAGUGUAAUUUCAUCCAAUUUAGAACUAUCUCCUGGAAAACAUCAUAAAAAAAAUAUUUCAAGACUUACAAAAACAAAAGUUAAACGAGCCAUACUUAUAAAAACACAGAUAUUCAAGAAAAAUAGACUUUUAUUCAAGAAAAAAAGAUCUGCUCUGCGCCAUAAGAAGGAAACUUUAGAAGAAACAACAUAUGAAAGUAACUUAACUUUACUUCAAGAACCUGCUGCAGUACAGAUAUCAAGAUUGAGCGAUGAAGAAGAUGGUACGCUUGGAGAAAAUAUUCGAAUAAUGUUCUUUGAUAUAGAGACAACAGGCUUACAAAAAAAUUCUGCUCACAAAUUGAAUUUCGAUGGUCCAAGAUUAUGCAAAUCUUUAACUUCUUGUAAUUUAAUUGAUGAACUCUCAACUGUUGCAGAAGGUUUUAUAGAUACUUUAAAAGUAAUAAGAAAAAUUACAGAACGUACUGGAAAAGGUGCUUAUACAAUAACAAAUUUAGCCAAGUCAUUAAAUAUUUCUUGUGCCGAUGCUCAUGAUGCUACCAAAGAUGUUGCAAUUUUAGAAAAAAUAAUUAAGAAAUUAGAAAUAGAUUAUAAAGAUAUGAUUCAAUAUAGUAUUAACUAUCAUGAAGCGACAAAUAAGUGGUUGGAUAAUAAUAGAAUUAAAGAGAAGAAGGAGUUAUGUUAUUACUGA